AUGAAGAGAAUGAAUCAUUACAAUGAAUAUGAAGAACCCAAUGAACUGUCAAUAAUUAUACGUGGACAAGAUAUACAGCGUAAUAACGGACCUACACGACCGCGGUCACAAUCACCUUCUAAUUCAGAUGUAACAACUAUCGAUGAAAAUGAUGUGGCAUGUGAAAUUGAAAUUCCUCAUCAACCAUUAGAAGAUCAUUGGGUAGAAGAUUGUUAUGCUACCGUUGUUCGUCAUACACCUACAAGUACAAAUGCAAGUACAUCGACCGAUCAUCCUACAACUAUAUUUAUCCAUAAUAAUAAUAACAACAAUAACAGCAACAACAAUAGCAAUAAUAAUAAUAAUAGUAAUAGUAAUAAUAUUACAAAUUGUACAAUUAAAAAAGAAGCGGAUACUUCCAUUCAAGACGAUCUGGACAUAUACAGUCCUCGGAAAGAGUAUACUAAAAAAUCUGUAGACUCUAGGAUCCCAUCAAGGGAAUCAAUUGAACAACCAAGAUGCCAUACUUGUAGAGAAAUUGUUUAUCCAUUAGAAGCAUUACAGACAAUUGGUAGAGUUUAUCAUAAAUCAUGUUUCAAGUGUCAUCAGUGCCAACGUGUUCUUACUUUGGGAAAAUACAGUGUAUGGGAAGGCAAUCCAUAUUGUGAACCACACUAUCUGGUCUUAUUCAAAUCAUUUGGACACUAUGAUGGCACUGCACCAAAGACUUCAAGUACAACAUAUGAUGCAACAUCUCAUAAUAGACGAAGCGAUUCACCAAUUCCAGCAGAAGAACGUCCAUCAGGACAUGUCACUCAAGCAUUAGUAGCCAAGUUUCAAGGUUUAGAGACUGGAAAUAAAGUGAAUGGUGGUGGCAGUACACAGAGUUAUUCAACACAAAAUCAGCUUUCACGUAUUGUCCUCAACCCAUCUCAACCAGCAGCGACAAAUGCACAUAGUGAUGUAUUUCCAUCUUCAGGAAGAGCUCGUCAGUUAGUAGAACGUUGGAAUAAAAUGCCUAAUGAAAAGAAGAUUGUUGGUGGUCGUACAUCGCCUGUAUUGAAUGGAAAAUCGCAUGUUUCAAAUGCUGCAUACAAAUUGCCAACAGUUGAACCUAAACCAUUAGUGAGAAAAACAUUGGAACAGCCAAGGCCACUGGUUAGUGAAUUAAAACAAAACUUUAAUCAUAAACCUGAAGAUGAAGCCUAUAGUUCUGCUGAGUCAACUGAAAGUGGUAAAUUAACUAAUGUUUAUCGAACAAUAGACAGUAAACAGAAUGAAUUUCCAACUCCAGGCAUAACACCGAUAGUUCAAAGUAAACGUUACUGUUGUGCCACGACAGCGAUACAAAAAUUCGUCCAAAACAUUCUAAAUUCCUCACAGUCUGCUGAACUUCUUUCUUCGGCUAUCAAUCAAACCGUAGAACAAGAUCCUGUUAUUUCAUCCACGUCAAAUAAGAUUAGUCAGCUUACCUAUACAAUCGACCGUUUAUCUGAUCAAGAAAGUCUGCUUCGAACGCGUUUGGAUUUACUGCAAUAA